UAGGCCAGAAAAAUAUAAAUUUGUGAUACAAAAAGAUAUAAUCCACAGAAAAUGAGUGGAGGCAAGAAAAAGAGAGUAGGAGAAGAUUUAAUGAGCUAAACAAAGCCAUGUGAGAGGGUCCAUACAAAUACUCAACCACCAGACUCCAAUACCCCACUUAGCUAUUGGAAAAGGAUCACUCAUUGGUAACAGCUUUAUCUUCAGAAACUCUAUAAAUAUAAACACCAUAUGAGGCUUCAAACACCAAAUUCAACAAAAGAAAAUUCAACUGUGACUUCCUCUUCUAGCUCGUUUUUUUCCUAUCUGAUCAAUACUUCAGAACGUUUUUCAUCUCAAACAAAUGGGAAUUCGAUUGCUAUCUUUGGUUCCUCAUGCCAAGCAACUCCUGAAGAUGCAGUCAGGUUUUACAAAAAAUCAGUUAGAUGUUCCUAAAGGGCAUGUGGCGGUUUACGUGGGAGAGAUUCAAAGCAAGCGGUUUGUGGUUCCAAUAUCUUACUUGAAUCAUCCAUCAUUCCAGCAACUGCUCAGCUAUGCAGAGGAGGAAUUUGGAUUCCAUCAUCCACAGGGGGGCCUAACAAUUCCUUGUAAAGAAGAUACCUUUCUUGAUCUCACUUCUAGAUUGCAAGUAUCUUGAAGGAUGAAGAGGAAAGGGCAAUUCAUCAGUUUUGACGGAAAAAGUUCUCUGCUUUCUGACUUACAGUAUGAUGUUGUAGAAUGAGCGUCUUCUUGUAAAUGAGUGACAUUGUAAAGGAACACUGACCAAUAGAACUUGAUAGAGAAAAAUAUAGAUAAAUUCAGCAUAAUCUAAGCAUCUUAUUUUUUAGUUCA